CUGAAACUGAAAGGAAAAGAAGAUUAUAGAAGAUAACUAGAAAAGGCGUUUAGUUCUUAGUUCAAGGUUGCUGCUGAUGGAGUCGCAUAUCGACGACAUAGAAAGCCGAGACAUUAACUGCAGCAUCAUUGCUGAUUUUUGAAAAACCAUCAAUAUUUAGUUCCUCUUCUUCAAUCAAUUCGCAAUCCAAAAGUUUCGAACGCGAUUGAGAAGCUAAAAGCCCAACAACAACAAAUCGCAGCAACCCUGGCUGCGAUGGAAGUUCAACAACAACAAUAACAACAACAACAACGUGCUACGAUUAUUCGCACCCCGCGAGUUGUAUCGAGAGCAAGUACAGUUGAAGCCACCUGUAAUUCUUGCGUUAAAUGCUUUGCCACGCCAACCAACCCGGCGCGAUCAUCAAUAACAAAACCUUCCACUCUGCAGCAGAACUCAGCGUACUACCUAUCGAUGCGAUAGCACCGAGAGUGCCGAUUUAGCAGAAUGGGCAUAAUGACCCUUGGACAGCUACGACGACGACGACGGCGACGACGACAAUCGCGAGCAGUGUAACAUUUUAUAAGUAAAAUAAAUCAUUAUUGUUUUAACUCGUAAACGUAGUAGGUCGUCCUCACGUCAAUCCGAACAUUAAUUGUUGCAAGCUUAUAACUGGCGCAGUCGGUUUAAGAACUGUGUUUGAUUUCGUUCACGUGUGUUUGUUCCUGUCAGCAGUGCUUUUCCGAGGGAAUAUCGGAAUCGCCAAGGACGCCAUCGACGGUUUAUCGAAGGAUUGAGGACAAACCCGUAGAGACGACACCAAACACAAUCACUACCUCCAACUCAGACGAGAGAACAUCGUCUUUUUACAUUGAAACCGCAAACCAGUUACGAUAUACCGUUCUCACUCUAUAUCAUACAACUGGCUAACAUAAAAGAUGAAGAGAUAUCACACAGAUCAUCUCACUUCAAUGGUAGACAAACCUAACUCUCUGGAACGGAAUAAUAAUAAUAAAAAAAAAUGGUUGUGCCCUAUAAUAAAACCUUCUCCUCUUACCAUUUUAGGUUAAAAAGUAAACUUUCCAUUGGCAGCUUGCUACCCUACGUCUAAGUACUUUUACACGUCUGUUACAUCGAGCCUAAUACAACUCUCACCUUCAGAGAUGGGACUCAUUAGGCGCUGCGUGGAAGUGGAUUGCCGGAUCGCCCGAUGCACAAGAUCUACAGAUCAUUAACUCUACAAUGAAUGAUAUCAUCGAUCAAAAUAACCAGCAAUACAGAGUUAACGAAAAUAUCAACAACCGGAUUUCGAAACUGACGCAAGCAAUCAAUCAAACAGCCAGCGCUCUAAACCCCCAGAAAGGAUUGGACGUUAUGCAAGCAAUUACCACAAUGUUGAACAUGGACGUCAUUAAUGAACUCCUCGACAAUAUCCAGGAAGCAAUCACCCUCAGCAGAAUUUCCGUUAUUAACAACAAAAUUUUAUCAACACGAGAAAUAAACGCGAUCAAAACCGCUCUUCAAGACCAAGGAGUGAAGAUAAAUUUUCCGGACGAAGCCCUACAGUUUGUUACUCCGAAAAUUGCCGUGAAAGAAGGAGACUUGUUGUACAUACUCCAUGUUCCAGAAUUGGAAAACGCAACAUCUACAAUUGUGAGGAUAUACCCGCUGAUCGUAAAUAAUCAAAUGAUAAAAUCGUACCCAAGCCACAUUAUACGGCGUGGGCCAAAACUUUUCGAAACAGAUAAGCCCGAAGACUUCGUACAGAGAUCAUUCCACACUAAAGAAUUCGAAGAUAAAUGUAUUAGACCACUAAUACUGGGAAAACAAUCACAUUGUACCUCAGUUCACAAAAAUGAAACUACCCAACAGCUAAUAAACGAAAACACCUUAUUAAUUUCAAACGCUAAAAAUCACACACUAGAAUCCAAUUGUGGACCCGAUAAUAGAACCAUCACUGGCAAUUUCAUCAUCAAGUUCGCGAACUGUACGGUUAAAUUCAAUAACCAUAAAUUUCAUAAUUCGGAAACCAUGGUGGAUACAGAAAUCCUGCAUGGAGCAUUCCACAAUAUUUUGAUCAAUUGGACCAUUCAAAACCAACCUAAUAUAAAGGAAAUCCACGACACAGCCAUCAACAAUAGAAGGAAGUCAGACCACGUUUAUUUGCAACAAAGUAGCCUUCGCUUCAAUCUAUGGAUAACGUUUGGAGGAAUAUCUCUUUCGACAGCGAUUUGCUUCAUUAUAAUAAUCCUCAUUCUGAGAAACAUCAAUCCUUGCCUAAUGUUCAAUUUUAGGAAAAAGCAGCAACCAAAUGUCGACCCGGGACGGCUCGAACUUGAGGAGGGGGUAGUUACGAACGCGAUUGAGAAGCUAAAAGCCCAACAACAACAAAUCGCAGCAACCCUGGCUGCGAUGGAAGUUUAACAACAACAAUAACAACAACAACCACGUGCUACGAUUAUUCGCACCCCGCGAGUUGUAUCGAGAGCAAGUACAGUUGAAGCCACCUGUAAUUCUUGCGUUAAAUGCUUUGCCACGCCAACCAACCCGGCGCGAUCAUCAAUAACAAAAUCUUCCACUCUGCAGCAGAACUCAGCGUACUACCUAUCGAUGCGAUAGCACCGAGAGUGCCGAUUUAGCAGAAUGGGCAUAAUGACCCUUGGACAGCUACGACGACGACGACGGCGACGACGACAAUCGCGAGCAGUGUAACAUUUUAUAAGUAAAAUAAAUCAUUAUUGUUUUAACUC